UUCAAAUUUCCACCCGGAUAUUGUUUACUGUAACACACAUCCUGACAGCUGAUUUGAGUUGUGAAGACGUGUACUUUUCUGUGCCAUCAUUGCAGUCUUAUUUUCAACUUGGGGUCUUCAGCCCUUACAUUACAUUACAUUUUCAUUUUUAAUUAUUAGAUUCGUAUUUUGUCAUGGCAACGGUGGAGGAACUGAAGCUUCGUGUGAGGGAGUUGGAGAAUGAAUUGAUCAAGUGUAAGCAGCAACAGAGCGCCAUGGAGAAUGCACGCAGGAUACAGGAGACAAACAGACCCAAAAUUGCCAAAAUGAGCGCAGAAGUCGUGGAUUCCAAUCCGUAUAGUCGCCUGAUGGCUCUCAAGAGAAUGGGCAUCGUGGAUAAUUAUGAGAACAUCCGGACGUUCACAGUUGCUGUGGUGGGUGUUGGUGGAGUGGGCAGUGUGACAGCUGAAAUGCUCACUCGAUGUGGCAUUGGUAAGCUGCUGCUCUUCGACUACGACAAAGUGGAGCUGGCCAACAUGAACAGACUAUUCUUCCAGCCUCACCAGGCCGGCCUCAGCAAGGUGGAGGCAGCCCAACACACACUCAGAAACAUCAAUCCAGAUGUGUCAUUUGAGACCCACAACUACAACAUCACCACUCUGGACAACUUCACUCACUUUAUGGAACGUCUCAGCCAUGGAGGUUUGGUGGAGGGGAAGCCAGUGGAUUUAGUCCUGAGCUGUGUGGACAACUUUGAGGCCCGCAUGGCUAUCAAUGCAGCGUGUAAUGAGCUCGGCCAGAUCUGGAUGGAAUCUGGAGUUAGUGAGAAUGCUGUGUCCGGACACAUCCAGCUCAUCAUCCCUGGAGAGACGGCCUGCUUUGCUUGUGCCCCUCCUCUGGUGGUAGCCGCCAACAUUGACGAGAAGACCCUCAAGAGGGAAGGAGUGUGUGCAGCCAGCCUGCCCACAACAAUGGGCGUGGUGGCAGGCGUCCUGGUCCAAAAUGUGCUCAAGUAUUUGUUAAAGUUCGGUAGUGUGAGUUAUUACCUGGGCUACAACGCCAUGCAGGACUUCUUCCCCAGCAUGGCAAUGAAAGCCAAUCCCCAGUGCAACGACCGCCACUGCAGGAGACAGCAAGAGGAGUACAAGAAGCGAGAAGCAGAGCGGCCGAAGGUGGAAGUGGUCCAGGAAGAGGAGGAGGUGGUGCAUGAGGAUAAUGAAUGGGGUAUUGAACUGGUGUCAGAGGAAGCAAACGAGGACACGCAGGCAGCAGCUGCCACUGUAGCGGGCCUUCCUGAAGGCAUCACUGUGGCAUACAACAUUCCAGUUGUGAAUACGGAUGAUGGGGAGAUGGUAGAAGAGAUCGAACAGAGCCUGGAGGACUUGAUGGCUCAGAUGAGAAAAUUGUAGACUGCAUGGCUACCAAAAUAAAACAAAUACUGUCA